AUCUUAACCUCACUCUUUUGUUUUGGCUUAUUGAGGUCAAAAACAUGUGCAGGAUGCAGGUGUUCAAUUAAUUUUAAAAUUACCCCUCAAAGGACAAAGGACUCAUUCAAAUUGGCGGUUAAAACCUAUAUCAAGCCAACAUGUCGAUGCUAGCAGAGAAACGACGUAAAACAAAAUAUUCGCUAAACCCUAGAGGCAAUCAAUGGGCACAAGAUUCCAAUAAAUUUGGCCAGAAGAUUUUGGAAAGAAUGGGCUGGAAACAUGGGAAAGGCCUAGGAGCAAAGGAGAAUGGUAUAACAGAACAUGUUAAGGUAUCAUACAAGAAUGACAGCAAAGGAAUGGGUUAUAAAGGCAAUGAUGAACAAUGGACUGAACAUGAAGACAAAUUUGCUGCAUUGUUAAGUUCUCUGACGGGUGAAACAGAAUCCAAGCCUGUAGCAGUAAGUUCUUUGGAGAAGAAGUCGCAGAGUUCCAAAGCUAGGGUACACUACAUGAAGUACACCAGAGGUAAGGAUUUGAGUAGAUAUUCCGAGAAAGAUCUAGCAUGUAUUUUUGGGAAAAGAUCCUUGAAGGAAGAUGGAGAGAUAGCAGCCAAGGUAGAAGAACCAGCUAACAAUGAAUAUUUGAUAAACAGUGGCUCAAUGGCAGAUUAUUUCAAGAAGAAACUACCGAAUUUUAAUAGUGCUGCUGCAAAAUCAGGAUCAGAGUCUGAAAGUGAGCUGUCACAUUCAUUUGGUUUUGGUUUUAACAGCGAAUCUGUUCCAAAACAAGAGAAGACUACAUUUGUUUCAUAUCUGUCUGAAAAUAAACGAAAAGCUGAAGAUGAGAUCUGUGCUCCCAAGAAAAAAUCUAAAAAAGAGAUAAAGCAAGAGCAAGAUCUAGGAGUUGCAAAUCCUGCAUUCAAUCCACUAUCCACUCUGAUAAAGGUAGAAAGACAUGUUUUGGAAACAAUUGAAGAGAGUAUAGAUGAAGAUGCUUUGGAAGUUAGUACUAAAAUAUGUUAUGAAGUUGAUUUAGAAAAUAGUCUUGAGCAAGGUUCUAAAAAGAAGAAAAAACAUAAAAAGAAAGAUAAACAUUCUGGAGACAUUUCAUGUUCUGGAAGAGAUGAUAAUACCUCCAAGAAUUGUGGUAAAGAUAACACAAAUUUUAGUUGUGCUUUAGAUGAUUCAGUAACCCAAUCAAGUGAAAAUCCAUAUGAAGUAAAAAGAAAGAAGUCAAAAGAUACAUCAAUUAAAGAAGAAAACCCAUUUGAAGUUAAAGUGAAGAAAAGGAAAUUACCCAAGUUUGCUGUAGAGAACUCACAGUUUAAAGACAUUGAAGAAUCAAGUGUGAAUGAUAAUACUGAGAAUAUACCAGAUAAUCCUCAUGAGUUUAAAAUAAAAAAGAAGAAAUCAAAAUUUGUAGUAGAAAAUCUAGCAUUUGAUCCCAGUAUGAAUAUGAAUGAUAUUUCAGCAGGAGUCCAAGAAAACCCAUAUGAAGUGAAAGUUACUAGUAAAAAGAAGAAAUCGUUAAAUGGGAUAGAGAAUUCCACCUUUGAUGCAAGUAUAGAUUCAAAUGCAACUGAGAAAAUUGAGGAAAAACCUUAUGAAGUUAAAGUGAAAAAUAAAAGACCAAAAUUUGCCAUUGAAAACCCUAGUUUUGACAUGAACAAAGAUCCCACAUUAGAAAAUUCAGUAUCAGUUGAAGAAAAUCCAUAUGAAGUUAAAACCAAGAAGAAAAAAACAAAAUUUGCCCUCGAAAAUCCUUGCUUUGAUAUGAACCCUGAUUCCGCCUUAGAAAGUUCAGUAACAGUUGAAGAACAUCCAUAUGAAGUCAAAGUCAAAAACAAGAAGCAUAGGAACACAGUGACAAGUAGUGGGGUUCAAUUGGAAAAUUCAGGAUCAACCCAUGAAGCAGAAACUUUAAAUAGUGACAGAACUAAUGUAUCUGAAAAUUCUAGAGAAGUCAAAACAAAGAAAAAGAAAAAACAGAAAGAAAUUGAAGGAAAAUCAAAUCCCGAAUUAAAACGUGAUGAAAGCAUAAACUCUGUUAAUAGUGAAAUAGUUGAAGAUGAGCAACUGAUGUUGAAUGUAGCAGUUAUUCCUGUUGAAGUCAAGGCUGAUACUAAAGACACUGCCAAAACAUCACAAAGUGUAAAGAGAAGCAAGAGUGUCAGAUUCAGCAAUGUAAUUAUACAAAAUAAUGAGCAUAUCAAAACUGGUAUUGAUAACGAAUGUUUUGACAAACAAAAAAGCAUGUUGGAUGAAAACAUGCAGUUUAUCUCUCAAACCAUAGACCGGUUUGAGGCUGAAAUAGAAAAUGAUUUAAAUGAAGAGAAGCAAUUGAUGGUUGGGGAAAUUAGAAACCCUGCAGGACAGCCUGAAAAGCUACCAGAUGGAACAACAAGAUUAAAGUUCAAAGAUGCUAAUUUGGGGACAAAGACAGCAACAUAUCAUCUGAAUAAAACUGGAGCCAAGAAAUCAUAUAAACAUUUGAUUAAAGGUGACAUUGUUUUGAAGUUUAAGGAAACCAAUCUCCAUGAGAUUUCAGGUUAUGCUGCUAAGAAAGAAACACUUGUAUAAGUACUAGUUUUAUUUAUUUGAGAAUAAAGUUGUUUUAAUAUUGGAACACUUCAUAUGGUUUUUUAUUUUUGAGCCAACAUCUGGUUUAUCAUGUGGGUUUUCUGAUUCAAAAUCCUACUGGAAUGUCCAUCUUCUUAUCCAUAUUGCUCAACUACUGAUGAAAAUCAAUUGGUCUAAGUAAAUAUAAAAAUAAAUAUUUUUGAAUAUUAAAGCCAUGCAUUUCUGAGAAAGUAUGCAAUUAAAUAUUG